AUGAAUGUUAAUUAUCUAUCAUUCUCAAUUCGUUUGGUUAUCUAUGUAUGUCUAUUAUUUAGGGCUCAUAAUUCGUUCGCUAUCUGUGUAUGUCCAUUAUCUAUCAUUUCCUAUUUGUUCGUGAUCUAUUUAUGUCCAUCAUCUUUCUAUCAUUUCAUGUACGUUCUUUAUCUAUGUCCAUUAUCUAUCAUUCCCGAUUCGUACUUUAGCAACAUAUGUUCAUUAUUUAUAUAUAUCCCGCUAUCUAUCCUUAUUCGUUAUCUAUAUAUGCCCAUUAUCUAUAUAUCUAUCAUUCCCAAUUCGUUUAAGAUUAUCUAUAAUUCCUUUAUUCGAUCUUUCUAUCUAUAUAUCCCUAUUCGUUCGUUAUACAUAAAUGACUAUUACCUUUUUAUGAUACACUAUUUAUCCGUUAUAUAUUAUAUAUCUAUAAUUUCCUAUUCGUUCUCUAUUUACGUAUGUUAUCUAUCGAUCUCUAUACCUAUGGUUAUCUAUACAUGUCCAUUAUCUAUCAUUCCCUAUUCACUUUCUAUAUCUAUUAUUUAUCUAUUACUGGAUAUUCUUUCGUUAUCUAUGUAUGUCUGUAAUCUAUCAUUCACUAUUAGUUCCUUAUCUAUCUUCCUUAUCUAUCUAUUCUUCCAUAUUCGUUCGUCAUCUAUAUAUGUCCAUUUUCUGUCUAUUCUUCCAUAUUCGUUCGUCAUCUAUAUAUGUCCAUUUUCUGUCUAUUCUUCCAUAUUCGUUCGUCAUUUAUAUAUGUCCAUUUUCUGUCUAUUCUUCUAUAUUCGUUCGUCAUCUAUAUAUGUCCAUUUUCUGUCUAUUAUUCCAUAUUCGUUCUUCAAUUUUUCUUCUAUGUUUUGA